AUGUGCACGUCCCGGCUCUUCACCCUUGUCCUGGUGGUGCAGCCGCCCCGCGUCCUCCUGGGCAUGAAGAAACGCGGGUUUGGAGCCGGGCUGUGGAACGGCUUCGGGGGGAAGGUGCAGCCUGGGGAGAGCAUCGAGGAGGCUGCUCGCAGGGAGCUCCUGGAAGAGAGUGGACUAACUGUGGACACCUUGCAGAAGAUGGGUCAGAUCACAUUUGAAUUUGUGGGCAACUCUGAACUCAUGGAAGUUCACAUUUUCCGGGCAGAUCAGUUUCAUGGAGAGCCAACAGAAAGUGAUGAAAUGCGUCCACAGUGGUUUCAGCUGGAUGAGGUGCCAUUCAGUCACAUGUGGGCAGAUGAUAUCUAUUGGUUUCCCCUGGUGCUUCAGAAAAAGUUGUUUCGUGGCUAUUUUAAGUUCCAGGGACAAGACACUAUCCUAGAGCACACCCUGAAAGAAGUGGAGGAAGUUUAAGAAAACAGAAGCAUUCCACCCACACGCUGCUGCCCACAUUGGGAUAGAACACCCUGAGUACUACUUAAUAAGGGUCUCCCUUCUCAACUCUCCAGCAAAGGAGACUUAUCUGCCAGGUCACAGGGAAGUAAGGAAAAUACAGGGGUUUCUUCUAGCAGAAAUAAAAGUAACAAGAUUUUUCCAUGCUGUGAAGUCCCUGGCUGUGGUAUACAUUAGUGGUUAUGUGAUCACAACUAUUAAAAACUUAAUGUUAACCCUAAUUUUUAGGCUUUUCCCUCAUGGCUGGAAAUGUUUUCAAAAU